AUGGCAAUGAUAGACGACUCGGCUUAUCAUUAUUUUCAAGACAGACGCAGGCAAUCGGCCUCCUCCGAUACUAACGACAUCAACAAGGCACCCUCACGCGUUAUCUCUCCAGAGUUCUCUCUCGAUCAAGAUCGUCAGAACGAGCGGCUUAUCUAUGCUAUGAGGCUGCUUCUCGCAGCAAGGGACCGAGUCUUGAAUCUAUCCGAACAACGAGCGCUGGUCCCACUUCUCCCAGAAGUAACCGCCUCGCGCCUGGUCACGUCACUCGACCUCGCCCCGAUCAUUGCCCACAACCCAGCGAUUGCUCACCCACUGUUCGUCGGCCUCGUUACAAUUCCGAAUCCUGAUCCAAUGCCAUUUGUGGACGUUCUUCCCUUCCUUCCACCUACCCUCCCCACCUUCGAUCUCAUGGGAAGGUUACUGCGCGAUCAAACUCAAAUCAAGGUCGCCGGCUACUCCACAGUCGCCGCGUUAACCCGCACUGAGGUUUUGGGCCUCUUCAUCCACGAAUGCAUUGACUGGAUCGAAAAGGCCGAACGGGACCAGGCCAACGGCUUAAUCAAUGACGAUCGAUUCGAGAAGGGUUUGCAGCACCUCUGCCGCUUCUUUAUGUCCCUGAUCAAGCUCCACAUCGUCGACCCUCGAUCGGAUACCGACUGCACUGAAAUCUCCAGCUUUUGUUUGCGCUACGCGAGAUUCGAAGAAGCCAACAUGCUUUACCGAUUCAUCAUGAACAGCAGCAAAUUCUGACGUUGGGAAAACAAGCUAUGCCUCAGCGUAUGUUAUGGCUUAUGCGCUAUUUUAUGUUUCCUUCUUUUUCCUCUCUUGUUCG